AUGAAUAAUACAAGCUCGGAAACGUCCACUACGCCAGGAGUAGCGCCAAAUGACGUCACUUCAGCAGGACUCGCAAACAAUGGCGGUAACAGUGGAAGCAGUGGUAACAGCGAGCUCGUCGUCGGCCUAUCAAUUGGUGGGGUGCUUCUAGCAGCAAUUCUGGUAUUCUUUGUAGCAUAUUGCGUCUUCAGUCGCCGAAAGAACAUUGAAGCGGACAACAUCAAUGUGCAGAGAAUUUCCAUGAAUAGUGAGAAUUUUUCGCAUGUGACCAACUUAAAAAAACUAGAACCCCUAGAAAAUAGAAAUGGAAAAGCAAUUCCAAAACGUACAAAACCAACAUUGGACGAGAAACGCGAGGCCGGAAAGACUGAUGAUCUCUCUGAUGUUGACCUCUCUCUAUUUUCGGGAGAAGGUCAGCUAAACCCAGCCUUUGUCGACGAUGAGGAAGUACACCAUUCUCACCAGGACGAUCGGAAGACAUCUGAUACCGAGAAAGACGAUAACGUGGUGAUAUUCAAGCUCGAGGGAGUUGUUAAAUUCGAUAUGUCACAAAUGGUAGGAUUCGAUAAGAACCUAGCACUGUCCCUCGAAAGUCAGACUAGUGCUGACUUGCAAAAGAUCGUCACCACAAAUGGUGACGUAAACAAAUAUACGGCUUUAGAUAAAGAUGAUUCGGUGAGAAAUGGGAUUUCUGAGGAAAAGAUCGUCACAACGAAUGUGGAUGAUAUAAAUAACACGCAAAACAAAAGUUCUAGAGACACGAAAAAAGAAGAUGUCGAUUAUAAAACUAACCCAUCAAAGGAUUCAAAAGAUUCAAGUGUUCCUACAAGAACUGUGAAUUACGAAACUGUUGAGAGUGUUGAUAGAGAAUAUUUGUCAAAAAUGCCACAACAUCGUAGUGACACUGUAGACGAUGUCCGCCCAGGCACAAGUAAGGGUAAUAUGUCAACUAUCAUUUCCUUCGAUGAAGAUAGUAUUCAGGUUAUAAGCGAGGACCCACCAUCUAGCUCAAAGGAUAAACAGGCAGGCAAGCGAAAAGACUCACCUACUAGCUCAAAAGUUUUGACUAUUCCAACGCAAAUGUCUGAAGUGGUAUCAACAGCAAAUGAAUCCGAUAAAACAAACAGAUCUCAAGUAAAAGAUAGCAGCCAUAGUUUCGUUAAGGAAACUUCUCAAGACAGGAGUGUUUCUGUUAUAGAAAAGUCUAUUGACCUAGAGGAUGAGGAAUACAAACGAAGGCAUAGUGUCCGCGGCAAAGAGGUCACAACCAUAUUCAUCGGUGAAAAUACCAAGACAGGCGAUAAAAGACGAGGACGUCAUGAUAAGAUAGUGUUCAAAUCAAAUCCAAAAUCUGAUAAUUCCUCAGGAAAAGGUGAUCAUAGGAAACGCCAUUUAGAAAACGACCCUCCUUUGAAAGCGAAGGAUAUGAACGUACCUGUUAAAAUUGAUCCUAGAGAAACAGGGAGAGUGAAAAAGUUCCGACACGAUUCUUCGGAUAAACCUGUAGAACACAGUAGUCGGUCAGUCCCGAUUACAAAAUCAAAGAACAAUGAUAUAGGUAAAGGAAAAACCGUGCCCACGAAGCCUCCACUCUCGCGAGAGGCGAGUACUUACGAGAUUCCGUGGGAUUUGACAGAUGUGGGUGCUCUGCUGAUGCAAAUAAACGAUAUUGCUGAAUCAAAAGAAGUGCGUGUCGAUACUGUGUCUGGAGGAGUCGUUUUUAAUUCACAUUGA